CAUGCCUGGAUUUUAAGACUAUAGUUAAAUUAUCCAUCGUUGUUGCUGUUGUUUGAGCUUAUGUGCUCUCACAGCCAGGUAGAUGGAGCUGACCUCAAUGAAAUGACCGCUCCCUCUGCUGACCUCCCACCCUGGACCCCUGAAACCCCUCCGACUCCUGCUGAGCUGGAUGCACGUCUGGCUCAGUAUGAACAGAGAAUAGAAGAGGAGGAGGAGGAAGAGGAAGAGGAGAGGAUCCCAGAUCUUCAGAAAGACGACAUGAUGGCGAGGAGGACAGGAGUUUUCCAUAAACAAAGCACUGCCACAGUGACUUACAACCGUUUCCUGCCUCUGCCCUCCUCCAAACGCUGCACACAGGGGGAGGUCACCACUGAUGCUGCUCCGCGGAGCAAAAGGGAAGUGCAGACAGACAGGAGCAAGAAACUGGACGUCAGAGUGGAGCAACAGCAACCCAGAGUUCCCAUGGAAACACCUCAACCGCACCCUGACACGACUGUGAUCCGAGCAACAUCUCACAGCGAACGAGAAUAUGAUGAUGAUGAGGAUGAGUAUGAUGAAAACGAGCCUGCGCCUGACUUGGAGAAGGAUGAUAUGAUGGCUCGAAGGACCGGAUCAUUCCAAAAAACCAGUGCAGCCAGAACAAAUAAGUCCAUCAACCAGUUCCUGCCAGUACCUGGAUCAGUUAAAUAUAACAUCGCCCCAGUGUCUGCAAUGAAGCCACUACACAGCAGACCUAAGCUCACAGAGAAGAUGGCGAGUGAAAGCAGCAUUAUUACCGUAGCAGCAGGACCUCAGGCCCCACCCUCCAAAGCCACAACCCCCCCUGAGUGUGCAAGGCUGAGGGAGAGGCAGGAGGAGGAUGGAAAUCAAGAGAGAGGCAUGACAAUCCCAAACACCUCGGUCACAGAUGUGACCAGGCCUCUCUCUCCUCCAUCGCUCACCCCUCCACCCAGUCCUGCUGCUGCCCAAAGCUGUAAAGUGGAGGCAGAGUUGGUGAAGCAGAGAGUGGAGGAAAGAGCUGAAAAAGAGGUGGAGGAGAAAAAGACCGUUGUGAAUGAGGAACCACGAAAGAAACCCUUCUGGCUGGAUGAUGAUGAUGAUCUACCUCCCAUGAUGAUGAGCCGGCGAGUUGCUUUUAUGUCUGAGGACACUGAGAGUGUGAGCAUGAGUGACAUGCUCAAUGAGGAAGAGGUAGGACACUUACCACAACUGAGCCAAUCACGAUAUGAGCGCAUGCAUGAACAGUACAACAGCUUUCUAGAAGAUGAGGACCACUGGCAAGACGACUUGGCUCGUUGGAAGAAUCGCCGUCGCAGCGCAUCACAGGAACUGAUCAAGAAAGAGGAAGAGAGGAAGAGGAUGGAGAAAAGGAUGAAAGAGGAGGGAAGUACCAGCAACAAGAGGAAAAGCAUCAAGACCUACAAGGAGAUCGUAGAGGAGAAGGAGCGCAGAGAGGCAGAGUUGUGUGAAGCCUACAGGAAUGCAGCCACUCCAGAGGAGGCCGCCAUGGUUUUACAGCGUUACGCUCUUCGCUUUACCAUCAGUGAUGCUACACUGGACAGCCUGAAACUGCCCAGAUCCACUUCAAAACCCAAACAGGACUUAAAGCAGGCGGAUAAGGAGGAGAAAACAACAUCACCUGUUAGUGACUCUGAAACAUCAGAACCUCUGCAGACACCAGAACCAACUGUUAUAACAGAUCAGGCGCCCAUAAAACCUGAAGAGACAGAGGCAGAUACAACUGCUCAACAAGAAACGGCGGUUACUGUCUCCCCUGUCUCUCCAACGCCUGGCAGUCCCCUCAGCCCGGUCACAAACUCAGAAAAUGUGCCACCUCAGUCACUACAACUCAAUGAACCUCAAUCCAAACCGGCAGAGUCUCCAACCACACACCAACAACAACCGACUGCAGGAGAUGCAAAGCCUCAAACCAAACACAUGCCGCCUCAGAUUGCACAAGUGCAGCCUCACACCACACAGCCUGUACACACACUCCCCUCACCUCCAUCUGUAUCCCCGAGACCCGUCCCCCUGCUGGCAGCCAAACCCUACUGCCAGCCCAGGAGCAUGCAGUCUGGACACAAACCUGUCAAGAUGGACGGGUUGGUGCGAGUGAACGGAGAGGCGACGGACGACUUAUCUGUUUCCACUCCGCCUACCUCUGCUCAGCAUUCACCACAGGAAGUCAAAGACGUUCCCUCCGAACAGACUGAGAAAGAUGUUCCCGCCGAGCAGACGGCAACCAAUCAGGAGACAGCGGAGCCGGCGCCGCCUCCCCAGAUAGAAAAAUCAGCAGGCUCCGCCAUCAGCUCCCUGAUCGGAGGCCGAAACUGUAUCAUCACGACAACUAUUGUGACAGAGCUCACGCAGACUCUUGUGGAGCCAUAUCACCCAGAUAUCCAAAGUAAUGGACAGGUCAAUGGUGCUACGGGGUUAUCAGAGAGACCAGUGGAGGAAAAAAAGGCUCAGCCCGCUACAUCACCAAACAGCAUGCAAGACUAUUCUCCCACUGUCACGGAGGGUCUUGAGGAGAGCAGUGUGACUAUUGAGACCCCCAUGUUGAACUUGGCUAAACGUGUUAAUCACUGGGUCUGGGACCCGAAUGAGGAACGUAAACGGCUGGAAAGUUGGCAGCAGGAGCAGGAGCGCCUCCUACAGGAGCAGUACCAGAAGGAGCAGGAGAAGCUGAAGAAGGAGUGGGAGAGAGCACAGCUUGAGGUGGAGGAGGAAGAGAGAAAACACAAUGAAGAGGAGAGAAGGAUUCUUGAGGAGACAGUAACACCCCUCAAUCCCACCGGCCUGUUAAACCAGCAGUCAUCAGCUACAGAAAACAACCAAGUAGAAGAAGGAAAUGUUCCUUUACAGCAAAAUGGCCAAAGAAUCUCCACAGGGAACGAGGAUCAGCAUGCAUCCAAGCUGCAUUUCUUCCAGAAUUCUGUAUGUGAUGGUGAACCUUCAAAGAAGCAGGAACUGUGGAAGACAGCCUCUCUGGACCGCAACCCUCAGCCCAAUCAGGCACAUAUUUUUAAAAGGUCUGAAUCACAUGAUGCUGUAACAAGCAAACAGCAGUCAUCACCUCAGCCUCCCUCACCCAGCAGGUGUGUUAGUGGGAAGAGACUAUGUUCUGGUUGUUCUCAACCAUUGGGAAAAGGAGCUGCCAUGAUCAUCGAUACACUGGGACUGUUUUUCCACAUGGAUUGUUUCAAGUGUGGAGUGUGCCGUGGGCAGCUGGGUGACGCCACUGCAGGGACUGACGUGCGAAUUCGUAAUGGACUGCUGAGCUGUCACGAGUGCUAUAUUGCAUCUCGGGGCAGAGGCCAGCCCACCACACUAUGAUGACCUGCAUCUAAGCUGAAACUCCCCCCCCCCUGUCAGCAUCAGUGACUGGGCGGAGAAGAAUUCUACAACUUUGAAUCACAUUCUGGAAUACUCUGGAAAACGCCUGGAAUCGCCUCGGAGCUUUGGAAUCAUCGUGUUUUCCUGAAAUGCACAAACAGCUUUAUGGACGUUACUGAGAGCACAAGUGGACUGACGUGUGGACUGAGUGACGCAGCAUUACGUGCACACACAAUACAGCUUGUGCGCUUCCUAACUGUACACAUGUAUACACUUCUUUUAAUAUGUGUAGCAUGGAUUUAAUCAAGAAAUCAGUGUGUUUAAGCCUCCGCACAUCAAUACUUAGCACAGUCAAGACUCUAAACUAAGGAUCUGUUCCGUCACAAGCUUAACAUUUUACAGCAAAAGCUGAACACUACUGUCUUCAACACAUCAGUCUCAGAAUCUUAAUUCAUUAACCCCUGCUUCUGCACUGAUCAUGUGACUCCACUCUCUGAGUGUGACGUACAGUGGUUUGGGUUGGAUUACCUGACGUAGCUUGACAUUAUAAUGCCUUACUCAUCAUCAUACCUUCUCAUUCUUUUUGGGUUUUGUGUUUACAGUUUGCAUGAAAGAAGAACAUAUAUAAGUUAUUGUGAGUAUUGCUCAGAUGGAGUCGUGUGAGUUUGAUAUUAUCUUCUCAACAGCUGAACUUUAACUUUCCUCUUGUAUGUUGUACAUCAUCAUGAUAUUUUUCAUUUUUUUGGUGCAUCUGCCUAACUUACGCAAGCUUUUCCUUUCUAAUUCAUUUUACAGGAAUGAGAAUGCAUGUUAUUAAUUAUACUUGUUCUUUGAAUUUUAAAUAUUUUCCCUUUAAGAUGUUUUAGCCUUUGUUUAUUCUCAUAGAUUGAUUGCAUCUGAAUCAGUGCCUUAUGUAAUGAAUGCGAGGGCUAGUCUAAGUGCAGGAGUAUUUCACACUCACACAGACCUCAGGGUCUCGGCACAUUGUGUGUGUGUGUGCGUGUGUGUGUGUGUGUAUGAAAUUAUGCAUGUAUAGGUAUGUAUGCAAUGUGUGAUUUGACUUGAAGCACAGUUCCAUACCAGCAAAAACAUUUUAAAUGGAUCAGCCUCUCCUUAUCACCUGCUAUUCCACCCCUUCCCAUGAGCUAAACCAAUGACACAAAGUGAUUUGCUGCUUAAUUAUUCCCCCAUAUUAAGACAGUACACAAUGUCCUCCAAUCGCUCCUCAUCUGCCUCUAUCACAAGUGUUGCCUCCCCACAGUCUGAGCUGAACACCUCUCUCCUCUGUGUGUCGUCUCUAUCUGGACACCUGACAGCAGCUUCAUCAUGUAGAGGACUAGAGCGCUCAGUUCAUUGUCUUUUAUAGCAAGUGUAUGUUUAUCAAUAAAAUAUUUUAAAUGGGA